GGCCGGAGUCGAAACCUGCCUGGACAAGGCCCGUGUCGUCCCCCCGCCCCGUCGGCCAAGUAAAACUGCCGAGUGCGUCACCUGGAGGGAGCAAAGGAGGACUCAGGUGAUAAGAGCUGCCCGGCGCUGGUCUCUCGAUUUGGCAUAAACAGCACUACAGAAAGAAAAUGACCCACUGGUUUCAUCGCAACCCUUUGAAGGCUACAGCUCCUGUUUCCUUCAAUUUUUAUGGGGUAGCUACCACUCCUGGUGCAACAAAGAUUUGCAAUGAUUUAAGAUUAUCUCGAACACGACUGUUGGAGCUGUUCACUGACUUGAGUUGUAAUCCAGAAAUGAUGAAGAAUGCAACUGACUUGUACUUCUCACUCUUGCAAGGUUUUAUUAUUUCACUGGAUGACUCUUCCCAAGAAUGUAAGUUGCGAUAUAUUCAGAAUUUCAAGUGGACAGACACUUUACAAGGACAAGUUCCAAGUUCCCAGCAGGAUGCAGUAUUUGAACUGGUUUCCAUGGGAUUUAAUGUAGCUCUGUGGUACACAAAAUAUGCAUCAAGGCUUGCUGGAAAAGAAGAUAUAACAGAAGAUGAAGCAAAAGAUGUUCACAGAAGCCUGAAGAUAGCAGCUGGGAUUUUUAAACAUUUGAAGGAAAGUCAUAUUCCAAAAUUGAUUACACCUGUGGAAAAGGGAAGAGAUUUAGAAGCUCGACUUAUAGACUCUUACAUCGUACAGUGCCAAGCUGAAGCUCAAGAAGUGACAAUUGCCCGGGCUAUUGAGUUGAAACAUAAUCCAGGUUUAAUAGCUGCUCUUGCUUAUGAAACAGCUAACUUCUACCAAAAAGCUGAUCAAACAUUAUCCAGUUUGGAUCCAACCUAUGUAGGUAAAUGGAGGAAGUACUUAAACUUGAAGACCUGUUUCUAUAUGGCGUAUGCGUACUGUUACCAUGGUCAAACUUUGCUGGCCAGUGAUAAAUGUGGGGAGGCGAUCAGAUCUCUGCAGGAAUCAGAAAAAUUUUUUGCCAAGGCUGAAGCAUUGUGCAAAGAAUAUGGAGAAACCAAAGGUCCUGGGACUACAGCCAAACCUUCUGGACAUCUCUUCUUUAGGAAAUUAGGAAGUUUGAUUAAGAACACCCUAGAAAAAUGCCAGAGAGAGAACGGAUUCAUUUAUUUUCAAAAGGUGCCAGCAGAGGCUCCGCAGCUGGAACUAAAGGCAAACUAUGGCUUAGUAGAGCCUGUUCCUUUUGAAUUUCCUGCCCUGAAUGCGCACUGGACUCCUGAAACACUUGCUGCGUUUGAUCUCACCAAGAGGCCAAAGGAUGACACUGCUAAACCGAAACCAGAUGAAGAUGUAAAACCUCUGAAGGAACCAGAUAUAAAGCCUCAGAAAGACAGUGGAUGCCAGAUUUCUUAAGUGCCAUAAGUGCUUUGAAUUCCCUUUAAAACUAUAUUAAUUGGACUUUGGGGCUCUUAGUUCUAAACUCCUGAUUCUUCUUUUUCAUUUAGAAUACUAAUUUAAUUAGUUUUUAUUAGUAUGAGUCUAUCUUGCUUGAGAAUGUGGUGGAUUUCUAGAAGAAAUGUAUUUAUAUCUGGCUUGUUUUGGGUCUUAGCGGGAUAUCCUAGAAUGAACGGGCUUAAAUGUUCCUAUUGUGCCUCUAGAGAGUUUCUUUUUAUGGGUUUAGUUUCUACCCACAAAUAGCAAAGGAAGAAUCAUGACUGUAACACUUGAGGAUUUUCCAUUAAAUUAUAUGCCAUAUAAUGUCAAAUUCUACAAAAAGAUAUUAGCCUGAACAGUUAUACUUAUUUAGGUUUGUCACAAAGGCUUAACUCCCUGUCUUGUUCUGAUUCACUUAACUGUAACGAGUGAAGAAAAGCUGGGUUUGGUAUGUAGCACUCGUAUAGUGUUUCACAGACUUUCACACAAUUUGGAAAGCUUGAAGUUCUGUAUAAUUGGAGCACAGUGUAUAUUCUUCUGAAACUAUUGGACUCUGUCCUUUCCUUCAUAGAUUCAGGUUCCUGUAUCAGAGUUUACGGUAAGGUACUUUAGCUUGUCUGUCCUUAAAUUAAAAUCCUUUAAUGUCAGAUUGUAUAUGAAAAUGAUGCAGCAAGUAAUGAGAAAGCUCCUAAAGGUAACGCAUUGGUGUAAUUCAUUCGUAGUUUUUGGAUCUAGAAAGAUUUUAAAAGGUUGAGAGCUGCAGAUGGUUAAAAUCCCCUGGCACUAGAAGAGCUCAAUUUGGAUGCAUAAAGUUGUCCUGCAGAAGAUAACGAGGUUGUAAUUAAGACGCUCUGUUUCCAACUGGAUAGUGUGUGUAAGAAACCAUCAAGAGAAGAGGUAGGAAAGAUUAGCUGAAGAGCUAAUGACACAGUUGGGACAUCAAGCUCUAGAUUUCCUUUACAACAUAUAUAAACAGUGCUAUUUCCCAGCUUUCUCAGUAUUACACUGAAAUCAGCCCCAUAUGAAGAGAAUUUACCAAAGGCCAAGCCCAGCGAAGACUGAGGAGGAAAGUAUUUUGUAGAACUCGUUUCUUCCAUAUCUUCCUACUGUGGAAAACGUGAUAGUAUUCCUUAGUACUGAGCGCUCCAAAACAUCCAUGUCAACAAAAUCAUUCUUUUAGUUUUCUGAUUUGUUGCAAAUGUGUGGCGUGUGUUGUAGUGAGAGCCUUGCAGUCUCCAGGUCCCGGUUGCUGCACUUCUUUCUACCUGCGAAAGAAACUGAACAGCCUGAAAAUGUUCCCAUUUAAACAAAACACGAUGAUGUACGCACUUAGCAUGAUGGAUACUGUGAACAAAUUCCUGGCAUUGCACUGUUUGAUUUGGCUCACCUUUCACGGUAGUCUAAUUUGGUGGUUCAGUGUUUGAAAUCUUUUGUGGGACUGGACCAGCUUACCAGCUGUGUAGCUCCUUGAAGGCAUGUGGAACAAAAACUGUUGAGGAGGUUAAUACGAACACAAGACUCUUCCUUGGAUACUGGACCAAAAUACAGAAUUCAUUGCUCCAGAAGACUAAGAGGAUCUUAAUGCCGAUUGCCAUGGGUGAAUCACCUGCAAAGCUUGCUCCGUCCAGUGUUGAAUCUUUCUUUCAACCAGUUCUGCACAUUAAAAAUAAGCAUAAAAUCCAGAGGAUCACUUUGGAAGAACAAGUUUCUGUUUUGGAGGGGCUUAUGUGGGUAGAGGAUGACAAGUAUCUAGUGAGAUUUUAUCCAAAAUAUGUGUAUUCCUUCCAACUGCACAGCAUACAGAAAGAGAUGACUGUAUUUGAUGAAGAAUUACUCAGAGCUCUUGAUGAGUUGAUCAGUUGACUUUUUAGACUUCCUGCAUAGUUAAAAGACCUAGCUUAGGAUUUACCGGAAUGGAGCGUGGAGCUACUCUGCCAAUACCAAUUUUAAUUCUCUUUAAAAACUUAUUACAGCUAUAGGCAUCUGCAUUCGCUUAGCCUGACCCCUUUAAGGAUCAAGAUUCAAUUAACCGAGUUUCAUAAUCAUGAAUUGUCAGUUGCUCAUUGUUUUUCAGAAGUCUAUGUCUGUUGAUGCUGAUAUGUCUCAGUCUAUUUAAUGGUUCUUUCUAAACGCACUAUAUUCCAUUUUCCUUCUUCCCCCUCACUUUCCCUCCUGUCCGCUACACACUGGCACAGACUCACCUUUGUUCGCUAAUACAUGUGUGCGCUGGACUCAUUUCCAGUGAGGCUUUUGACCAGGGGUGUGUUUCAGUGUAUGAAUAUCUUAAAAUAAAAAGAGCAAAUCUUGACUAAAUCACUCCCAAAAAAAUCUUAGAAAAUAUUAUUUUAUAGAAUUGCAAUUUUUAAUUCUUUGGUGCUUUCUCAAACUAAGUGGUUUGUUUGAACCAAAUUCCCUGUAAAUAGUUUUCGGUAUAAGCAACUGGAUCGUGUCAGAUUAUGGCAUUACUUAAGGCUAGCUGUGAAACUUUUUUACGCCAUAGCUAUGUCAGUAAAUAUGGUGUAGUAGUUUUAAAAUAGCCUAAUGGAACAAACUAAUUUACUUAACACAUGUUGCUUUUCAAGACAAACUUUGUUUACUUGUAGUUUAAAAUCCUAUGGCAAACACUGAACAGUUUUGCCCAAGAAUAAGGAAAUUGAGAUUGAUUGCUUUGCCAAGCAUAUGUGUAGAACGCUGUCAGUCAGCAGGCAGUUUUUCUCUUCAGUUUUGUUGGGAAGUGGGGAGAAUUAUUGUACAUAAUAGUUAGAUUAACUGUCUAAUAUCCUGAGGAAUAUUGGUGACUUGACUGGGAGUUUCAGGUAAUCUGGAAACCUAGCAGCCACAUUCCUUCUGUUAUGGUUUCAUAUGAUAGUUUUUUUUAAUGAUGUAUUUUGAAUGGUGACUUUUUUGAUAUUCUCAUGCUGCAAGAGCCCAUUCUUGUGGCCUCUCUCUGGGUUUCGAGGCUCUAAUGGCUAAACCUGCAAAUGUCGUUCACACAAUAGUAAUGUCUUAAAAACCUGUGCUCAGUCUAAACUAGGACAAAACUACUGCUGAAUAAAAUGCUGAGCACUGGGCCCUUUAUUUUUGUGCUUUUAAAAAUGCACUGAUCGUCUUAGUAGAUUAAAAAGCAAAUCGGUAAGCUCUCUAGGAAUUAUACUUUGAGACCUUUAUACUUCCUCAAUGUUUCAUGUUGCUGGGUUUACAGUAGUUUAUCACCAUCUGGCAUGUGACACUCCUAGAACGAAGAGACUAAAUUUAGCCCUUGGAUGCUAAUGCCUGCCUCCCACUGGCUUCAGUAGGGGAGUUUUGCCUGUCAGCAUAAGGAAAACAUUUGGUCACUUGAAUGUUCAGCAUGGAUAUGUGAUGUGUCUGUGAUGAUGGUAUUGGUGCAUAGUAUAAGCAAGAAACCAUACCUGUAUCUGUGUAGAAUAUAGCAAACUUUGCACUUUAGAAAUUUAUAAUCUUGCAAUUUCAGUACAAUACAAUGUGUUUGUAAAUAUUCCUUCCUGUCUUUUUAAUUUUGUUGCCCUGAUUUCACUACGGUGGUAUUGGUAAGAUUUUUAUGGGAAACGUUACCAAAAUGUAUUUUUAAUUGUCUAUGUAUAAAGUAAACUCAUGAAGCCUAUCUCUAUCUUCAGUACAGAGGGAGCAUGAGAGGAGGCAGUAAUUCAUCUGUUUUCCGUGUCAAUUUGGAGAAGUUAAGUUUAUCUCUACUGGCUGGGGGAAUCAUAUGUAAUGUUUCAUCUCAUCCCUAUGCCUAGCAUCUAAAACUGACGCUUUAGUAUUAACGUAAAUCCUGUGUAUGCGUAUUACUCAUCCCUAAAAAUCUCUCUAAAGAUCAUUAUUGCUAAAUUAACAAAGCAGUGUGAGCUACACUUUUUUUUUUUUUUUAUUUUUUAUUAACGACUGGCCUGAUUAAGGGAGGAGUAAAACCCCUUGAAAAUGACUGUCUGGCAUGGAAGACCCCUGUAGUGGGUAUCUGUCUCCAGAUCUUGAGCGUGCAGCAUCGCAGCCCUGCCGCAACAGAUCAGCUCAGAUUCGCUCCGAUCUUGCCCCGCUGGAGAUGCUUUCAAAUUCCAACAGAUAUCACUUGGCAACUGAGGGGGCUCUUGAUCAGCUUUCCGUGAAGUAAGGCCCACCUUGUUUUGUGAUGGUGCCUUCAUGGGUUACAGACUAGUAUUUGAAGCAAGCGUGUGCUCCAAUUAAUUGAACUUGAAUGGAAUAAACUAUGGUGAGAUUGACCAAGCAGCCUUAUUGUAUGAAGAUGGUCACCAUGCAGUCUUAAGUUUGAUAGACUGAAAAUUUGUAUAUAACCACCAGUUUCAGAAUACUAUUUAAAAUAAAAAUAAGCAAUCAUUAUGUUA